AUGGCACCGCAGCCGGAGGACGCGCCCAAGCCUUCGCCAGAGGAGUCUCGCGAGUGGACGCUGCGGUUCAUCCAGGCCCUCGGAGUGGACGCGUCCCUCCCGGCCUCGGCGGAGCGUCCCGACGCCUACUCCGCCCUCGUCCGCGCGCUCCUGUCCUCCGCCACCGUCUCCUCCUCCCCCGCGCCGCGCGUCUCCUGCACCCUCACCGUCUCAUCCGCCGCAACUAAUACCUACAACACGCUCCACGGCGGCGCGGUGGCGGCCGUCGCGGAGGCCGUCGGGAUGGCGUGCGCGCGUGCUGCGGCGGGGGAUAAGGAGAUGUUCCUCGGCGAGCUCAGCACAGCGUAUCUCUCAGCCGCCCGCCUUGAUGUGAGAUCUACAUCCCUUGCUCAAUUUUACCGAACCGUAGUUUGUGUUGUUUUAAUUCGAUGA